AUUUCAAAAUGAAGUGAAAAUCAGAUGGUUAGUUUGCAGCCCUUAUAAUAACUUCAGUCACAGAUUACCGUGGGAACUGCACAGAGAAAAUCAAAGGAAAAAAGAAAACGAGAGACGCUUUGAAGAAGUUUGUCUUUGAACACAGGCUCAUGUGAACCAGCUUCACCUGUACUGGACACAAUUCUGAGCCAAAGCACGUCUGAUGGUUCAGACUAAAUGCUGCAAAGUGAACAUCUUACAGACGGAUCGUCACCCGUCUGGAUGUGUUUUUGUGCACAGCUCUGAUCUGCAGCGUGUGAUGAUCACUGCGUGCACACAGUCAGCAGCUGCUCUCACAGCGCUCUGACCUUCUCCGUGUGUCAAGUUCACCGACGGUUCCUCAGACGCUCUGACCGGGUUUGACCUUAACCGCUGCACACGGACCACACUAUUAACAUGGCAACAUAAAACUAUUUUUAGAUUGUGCCUAAAACUCUGAUGAAUAGAUUCUCUGGGUUUAUAGACGUUGUUAUUACGUGUGUUUUAUGUAAACAUGCGACAGUGACAGUCGGUCUCUCCGUUAUUUUCUUAAACAAUUAUAACAAAUAUUUAUUAUAAUUGUUUUUAUCAAGUUUUCAGCGUAUCAUGCAGCAAUCUCUUAUUAACGUGAUGAAAAGCAUAAAAAAAUUACAUAUUUGUAGUAUAAUAUUCAUUAAUAAUUGUUAUCAUGUGGAUUCUAUACGUUGUUUUGACGGCAGCGUCUCUCUGGCACGCAAGGAAUUCUGGGAUACGUGAAAACGCCGAACGGUAAAAUAUUUUAACAAAAGUAUUUAUUUUAGUUUGAAAUCACUGUUAUUUAUUAUUCUUUACAACACUGUUUGUCCUCUUUGUUCCAGACUAAUAUAUAUAUAUAUAAAAUAUGUCUGAAAUUCGGUUUGUGUUUAUUAAAUUCCACGCAGAUUAAAUAAUUAUAUCAAAUAAUCCGCGUCAAUUACAGACACGGAUUAUUUGUUAUAAUUGUUUUUAUCAAGUUUUCAGCGUAUCAUGCAGCAAUCUCUUAUUAACGUGAUGAAAAGCAUAAAAAAUAUUUUUUUUGUAGUAUAAUCAUUUAUAAUUGUUAUCAUGUGGAUUCUAUACGUUGUUUUGACGGCAGCGUCUCUCUGGCACGCAAGGAAUUCUGGGAUACGUGAAAACGCCGAACGGUAAAAUAUUUUAACAAAAGUAUUUAUUUUAGUUUGAAAUCACUGUCUUAUUUAUAAUAAAAUGGUCAUAAUGUCAGAUAAGUUGCAUUAAAAUGUGACUCAUUCUAUUUUCAGAUCACAUCACGUUUUGAGAUUAAAUACUUAAUAUAUUAAUAUUAAUUGUGUUGCAGAAAACAUCCUGAGUAAAAUAUGUCAUUUUAUCUUACAUCUUGUUUUAAAAUUUUAAAACACAUUCAAUGUUUGUUGUAAAGUAUAUUUUAAACCCAAAUAGGUAAAUUUAACCUCAACUACUUUAACCCUAACCUGAAAACUGAGUGAAGGGGGGGGGGCAGAACUCAGAGCACCAUAUGUGUAGUUGACGUCAAAAACAUAGCAGUUUGGUGGGCUUGUACACAGUUGUUGUUGCUACUGCAAAGUAUCGCCUGGAGGACUCAUCUACAAGACCUGGAGAUUCACCUGAAGAUUCUGCUUUGAAGAUUCACCUGAAGAUUCUGCUUUGAAGAUUCACCUGAAGAUUCUGCUUUGGAGAUUCACCUGAAGAUUCUGCUUUGAAGAUUCACCUGAAGAUUCUGCUUUGGAGAUUCACCUGAAGAUUCUGCUUUGGAGAUUCACCUGAAGAUUCUGCUUUGGAGAUUCACCUGAAGAUUCUGCUUUGAAGAUUCACCUGAAGAUUCUGCUUUGAAGAUUCACCUGAAGGUUCUGCUUUGAAGAUUCACCUGAAGAUUCUGCUUUGAAGAUUCACCUGAAGGUUCUGCUUUGAAGAAUUAAAGUUGUUUUAAUUUAGAUUUUUCAUCCUAACUUUCCUUUAUCAACUACUUUCUACUUUUUCAAUGGCUUCUGCAAGGUAAGUUUCAAUUCUUUAUUUUCUUUUGGUGGUUUACUUGUAGUAUUUCUUAAUCCAUUUCAUUUGUUUAUUUGCAAACUCUCUUGAUGUAGCCAACCAACUCCUGAUGUUGCUAAACUAUUUUAACAGAAAAUGUGUUCUCUUUAGUUUUCACAUGGCAGCUCCCAUGUGACUAACAUUUUAGUCAGAAAGUGAGAAAACUGAAUUUCCACCCUGAGUGAAGGUUGAAACCUGAAAGGGAUUUAGUUUUUGUAUUUGGCUUCAUCCUGUUUUCACACUUUUUGACCAACUUGUGAUUAACCUGAACUAAAACCCCUGAGUUUACACACUGAGUUAAAGUGAUAGCUGAAAGGGGAAGGAAAAUAACACCACCCUGAGUGAAGAGUCCACCUGAAACUAGAGCCCAGCAGCUGCAUGACUGACGGUGCCGCCCACCGCCACUUUCUGCUGUGCCCGGUGUGCAACAGGACCCAGCAGGCCCUUGGAGUCCACCUCCGCCGGACCUGUAUGAAGGACGCCACCCGAGAGACCAUCACGGCAGCAGUAGAGAAGGCCAAGGAUGACGUGUUCCAGCUGCUGAAAACAGGCCGUGUAUUUACUUAUGACCUGCUGCGUGGGAUAAUUGAAUCCCGUGACCCCCUCGGGAGGCUGAUUGAGGAGCUGCAGCGACGCAAGAUGGUGGUCAGUGACAUGCCAGCUGCUGAAAGUCCUGCCACCCAGGACCCCACCGCCCAAGCUGGACCUUCCACUGCUGUGGAAACGGGCCAGAGCAGCACUCCCGAGGACACGAGUGAAGCUGCAAGCGAGAGCAGCGGAGAGACCUUUCAAUGUAGUCGCACCCCGGCUUGGAAAGUCAACAAGAGGGCACUGAUGGCAGAGAUGGGCCUCUACCAGAAACACUCGGCUGACCAUCGUCUCCUCAGAGACUUUGGGGCCUACUUGUUAAAGGACCUCGCUAAUGAGAAUUAUAAACAGGAAGUGGAUAACGUUGCUAGGUUCCUGUUUUAUAUGGACCCAGCCCGCCCCUCUCUCCUGUUUGUGCGUGACAGAGAAAGGACGAAGGAAUACCUGAGGAAGCUUGCUGAGGCCCAGCUCGCCAAGCAGACUCAGGUGAACUACCUGAAGAGCUUGAAGAGAUUCCUCACGUACCACACGGUGUGCACAAACCUACUGUUUGACGACCGUGAGCUCCACACAGACGCCAAACAUUUCAUAGAGUACAUCGGUGCACUUGGGACACAGCUGAGCAAGGGCAUCAGCAAAGAGGUCGUCGCCAAGCGGGAUCGAUUGUUCCGGAGUGACAGGGGGAUGACUCCUCAGGACUGCUGGGCGGUGCUGAGGGCGGCCAAGCCAGAUUUCCUCGCUGUCAUCGCCAAGAUUUUUGAGGCUGCGCCCUGCUACGCCAUCCAGCUGGAGACCUCAGAGUGCCUCCUUGUCCUGUACUACUUGGAGGCCGUGGUGAUCCUGAAGCACCUGCAGAGGCCUGGUGUGGUGGAGCACAUGACUGUUGAAGAGUGGAAGAACAGGAUCCAGGUGGAGAGGGGCCACACUGCCAUUGCAGUUAAAGAGCACAAGACGGCAGCACAGCAGGUGGCCAGUUUUGUGCUCUCUCCAGAAGAGGAGACAUGGUUCAUGUACUACUUUGAUGUUGUCCGUGAUGCCAUGAAGUCAUCAAAGAGGUACAGGAUGGGACCAGACGCUGAAAAGGUGGAGGAAAACCCUCAGGAGAGGUUUUUCCUUUCCACAGCUGGGAUGCCAGUUUACAACGCCUCCAAUGACCUGGCUCGACUGCACAAGAAAUACAACGUCCCAGUGGUGACCAGUCAGCUGGCGAGGCGCGUUUUUGAGACUGCAGCCAAGAAGCUUACUGAUGUGGAUAAGUCUCUGGUAGCGGACUACCUGACCCACUCCACGGCCACAGCAGAGAAGCACUACCGGAUGAAGCAAGGUGCCAGCUUGAUGAAGGGUUCCCAGCUGAUCAGCGCGUUGGGUUCUGACUUGAGUGGAGAAUCUGGAGACGACGCAGCCGGCACAUCGGGAAAGUCCCAACACAUCCAGAUGGACUUCCAGGUGAUCUGGGAUAAGUUUGUGGAGGAAUUCCCCGUCACAGUUGAUGGGACAGUUCCGUCACUGAGUUCCCGCUGCGCUGCUUCAGUGGAUCACCAGCGUAAGAUCUAUGAGCGCUGGCUGAAGUCCCAGAUGAAGCUGAGAGUUCAGCAUGUCAUCUCCCACUUCGACCGUCGCCUCCCCUCCAGAUCCAGAGUGGCAGCCUGGAUUGACAGUCAGGGCUGGAGGAGCAACGUCCCCGUUGCAGACUAUGUGUUGGAAGCCUGGAAACCCAGCAGCAGCAUUGAAGACAUGCCGUCAUCCAAGUGCAUCCGGCGCCUGGUCAGCAACCAGAAGUGGAAGGGGCUUGCCCUUAAAGACAUCCAGGGCAAGGGCAAAGGUGUGGUUGCUGCCAGGAAGUUUGUCAGCGGUGAGGUGGUCUGUGACUACCACGGUCGGGUAGUCACAGGUGCAGAGGGGGAGGAGAUCCAUGCCACCACUAAGGAAGAGCAAACAGGCUACAUGUUUUUCUACUCCAAGGAUGGUCAGAGGAUGUGCCUGGAUGCUCACGCUGCGACGUGUUCUUGUCACCCGGAUCGUCAGACCUUUGGGAGGAUGAUAAAUCACUCGAGAAAGAAGGCCAACGUCAGACCUCGGCUCUUCUCAUUGGACUUUGAUGGAAACACCAGGGACGUCAUGCUCUUCCUGGCAAUGAGGGACAUUAAGAAAGAUGAGGAAAUUCUUUUUGACUAUGGGGUGAAGAGACACUCAUUCUGUGGGGAAGGUCUGGACUUGGACUGGAUCUGACAGUCUUUUUAUAACACUUUGUAUGUUUUUUUUGUUUGUUUUUUUUAAUUUGGAUACAAAUUUCUAUAUUUCUCAACAAUAUGUAACUACAGUGUGAGGUCAGUUUAUAACACUUUGUAUGUUUUUUUUUUUUUUUUAUUUGGAUACAAAUUUCUAUAUUUCUCAACAAUAUGUAACUACAGUGUGAGGUCAGUUUAUAACACUUUGUUUUUUUUUAAUUUGGAUACACAUUUCUAUAUUUCUCAACAAUAUGUA